AUGCUGCGGGCAAAUUGGACUCUGCCACGUCGGAUCCGAACACGUCCCUCUCGCAUACGCAAUACCCGUGUUAUUCGACGUAUCCUCGAGCUUGCACAACCCGUUGCUCAAACACGCAUUCACGCUCCCGCAGCACAUGCUGACCUCGGCCUUGGGAUCGCACGGGACGUCCAGACUCUGCACGCCGCCGGGGAAGAAGCACAGGUUCGCCGCGGCCCGGGCGCAUGUUACGAAGCCGCUGCUGCUGAGCAGCGUGAGCAGCACCACCUUUGUCGUCGUCGUCUUCAUGUUUGA